AUGACUUUAAAGCUAUUUACACAAGGUUUUAGCAUGAGAUUUUUCUCGUCUGCAUCCAACUCUAAUCUGAUACAAAGUUUAUCAAGUUCUGCAAUGUCUAAAUAUCUUGGAAAUGUGAAUGAAUUGCUUACAGUCGCGCCUGAAUUGAGCAGAUAUCCAGCAGAACAAUGGGAGAAAUCAUUCAAUACACUCAGAAGGAUUGGGUUUAAUGCAAAUAAAUUCGCUCACAUGGCAUCUCAACAUCCAAAAAUCUUAAUUAAAUCAGAAGACAAACUAUCAACAGCUAUGAAUCAGUGGCGAGCCUUUAAUUUUGGUGAAAAACUUACAUUUCAGCUUUUGGAACGAUAUCCAGAACUGCUGGAUGUUAGAAAUUUUCAUCUGACAAAUGCCAAUUUAGGAGUAAUUAAUAGCUUUGUUGGACAAAAGAAUGGAUAUAAAGUAUUGAGGAACUCACCGAAUGUCGCAACAGAACAAACAGAUUUACUUAAAGAGAAAAUAGAGUAUUUACAGGAUGUCAUGCGAGUAGAUCCAGUUGAAGUUUACAAGUCUGAUGUAUUUUCGUAUGAUUUAUUAAAAAUCAAAACUCGUCACAUGUUCCUUGAAAGACUCGGGAUGUACUUUAAAAAGAAGCAAGGAGAUAAGAAUGAUGCACAUGAAAUUAACAAGAAUCCAAAACUAUCAAAAAUUGUCGAUUCCAGUGACAAAAGAUUUGCUACAAAAUUAUGUCAUGUAACAUUAGAAGAGUACGAAACAUUUGUAGAUAUUUACAAAGAAGAAAUUGACAAAAUUGAAGGCAGAUAUCAGGAACCAUAUGAACAGGAACUAGACGAAGAUGAAAACGAAGAUCAAUUAAAUUUUGAGAAAAUCCGUUAA